CAUUUUUCACGACACGCGCAAUGGAGAAAGAAGAAGUAUUCGUAGAGCCAUUUUGUUACUGGGGCCGACGUGGCGGCCGGCGUGUAUUCAAUUUUCCUUGGAAAAAUGAAGAUUCAUUUAUAUUCUUUGUCGAUCAUUGUACUGAUCUUUGGAUCAGUAAUCGCUGAAACAUCGUCUUCAACGAGUUCUUAUUUGUCUGAUUCGGAUCGAAUUCGCUUAAAGAAAGUGAUCGAGCCUGGUUUUAAACUUAAUGACGUUUCUGCUGUUCAUUAUGCCGUUUUGGGUUACAAUUUAAUUGGAGACGCUAUUUCAAAAACAGCUGAAAUAUGUAAAUUUUUGCUACAAUCUGCUGGUGAUGGAAGUAGUCUGACACCUGAAAAUGCUUAUUACAUAACGACAACUUGGAAAACAUUGAAAGUCUGUCAAGCAUUGCCAGUUGCUGCAAUAACAAAGGUAUUAACAACAGUUAUUGAGAAAGAUAGUUCUACAAUUUUAGAAUUACAUUAUGCAAUCCAUUCACUGAUUUCUCUUUCACAAAAAUUGUCCGAUGCUGUUACCACAAAAAUUGUAAAAAGUGUACAGGCCUCUUUGAAAAAAGACGAUAGUUUGCUAAAUGUUGGUUACGCUUUUAAAAUUGCCGCCGAUCUUGGAACGGCUGGAGCUUUUGCUUUUGAAAAAAUUGAAGAUACAAUUGUUCAAGCCGAUCAAGUUAAUGGUCGCUUUUUACAAUUCGAAGGUGGACUUACCGUUACUAGUCUCAUUGUAAACGGAAUCUUCAAACUUUCCUCAACCUUGAAAAAGAAACUACCUUUAAAUUCUCAACAAACUGUGAAGUUUACCAAUUAUCUUUUAUCACGUCGUUCAGUUCAAACUCCAAAAGGUGUUGUUUCACUUCUUUCGGCAUUGGAUAUUCUUGCCACAAAUGAAUAUGAAAAACCAAUUUGUAUUGCACUUGUUGAAGGUGGCAAUGUUGUUUCAACAAAACAACCAUUAAUUCGUGUAAAGGUUUGCAAUAUUUUAGGUAAACCAUUGUCAUCAACACCAACUGUUGUUGCAAAUUCUGCAACGCGAGUCGGAGACGAUGUUGUUGUUUUUAGUAAAAAGAAUUUCCUCGUGGAUUCCACGGACAAAACUUUAUUCACAAUGAACAUGAUGGAUGUGAAACCUGAACGUGGAUUUUACAAGUUAUCAAUUUCGGCUGGUUCAAUUUCGAAUACAGUAACCGUUAAAGUAUUAUCGGAAGUUGCUGUUGAUUAUUUGGAAAUUGGAACUGCAGAUGCUGAUCAAACGAUGCAGCCAAAACUUGUUAGAGUACCCUAUUCGGAAAAAAUGAAAAACAAAAUCGAAGCUGAUUCACAACAGAAACUUGUGAUGAGAUUUUUAUUAAAGGAUUCUCUAACUAAGAAAGCAAUGCGAGUUCAUCAGGCUUUUGUUCGCUUAUCAUCUUUACCACAAUCUGGAAAAGAGAAACUCACAAAUGAAAUAAUUUUUGUCGCCGAACCUGAUGCAUCACAUGUUUAUAAAUUUGAUAUGCCUUUGGGAACUGCUGCUAAAAAUUUUGGUCAUCAAAGUGGAGAUUAUAAUGUUGAAUUAGUAAUUGGUGAUGCUGUUUUAAGUAAUUCUUUCCAAUGGAAUUUGGGGACUGUUAAUUUGAAAUUUCCAGAACCAAGUGCUGCUGAAAUUGCCGAAAAAUCGUCAGCUUAUAAAGAAAAACAAAACAUGUAUCAACUAAAGCCUGAAAUUAAGCACAUGUUCCGAGAACCAGAUAAAAGACCACCAGCAUUUGUUUCGAAUCUUUUUAGUGGACUUUGUUUAGCUCCAGUUUUAUUGUUAUUCAUUCUUUGGGCAAAAUUGGGAAUAAAUAUUUCUAAUUUCCCAUUUUCUUUGAGCGCUAUUGGUUUCCACGUUGGCCUAGGAGGUAUUUUUGUACUUUUUGGAGUAUUUUGGUUAAAAUUGAAUAUGUUUGUGACCUUGAGGUAUCUUCUUGGCCUUGGAAUUGUGACGUUUUUGGCUGGAAGUAAAUUACUUUCACAAAUUGCUCACAGUCAGAAGCAAAAUCGCUGAUUUUAAGUUUGCAAAGUUUGAAAAAAUUUCAGGACGAGUAAGCAGUUAAAACUGCUUUUUUAAAAACAAAAAAAAAAAAAAUAAGAAAACGUUUCUCGUCCCGUUUUUGUACAUAAAGAGAGUAAUAGUGAUUUUUAAAUUAUAAAUUCAUUGUGAAUGCAAUAGAAAUAUUUUUUUUUUUUUCCUUAAAUAAAAUUAUAAUCACUUCUUUUUA